CCUCCGCAGGUCCCGCAGCUCCGCCGGAGAGCGACGAUGUUCCCCGGACACCUCCAGCGGUGGAGCUUCGCCGUCUUCCUCCUGAGCUGCUGCCUCCCGUCGCACGGCCGGUCCCUAGAAGGAGGGCCGGGGAACGGCCGCCGCCUCAAAAGGACGGUCUCCGAAUACCAACUGUUGCACGACAAAGGAAAGUCUUUGCAAGAUAUCCGAAGACGCAACUUCCUGCAAAACUUAAUUGACGGGGUAAACACGGCCGAGAUUCGAGCCGUAUCGGAGGUCUCGCCGAACCCUAAGCCCGCGGUGCCUGCCAAAAGCUACACUCUCCGCUUCGGCACCGAUGACGAAGGCAAGUACCUGACCCAGGAGACCAACAAAACCCAAACGUAUAAGGAGCAGCCCCUGAAGACCCCCGGAAAGAAGAAGAAAGGGAAGCCGGGGAAACGCAAGGAGCAGGACAAGAAGAAGCGGCGGAUUCGUUCGGCCUGGCUGGGCUCAACAGGGUCCGGCAGCGGAAUGGACGUCUUGGGCGCUGCACUCGUCCAGACAAGGAGGCGUUGACAUCCUCAGCUGAGAUUUUUGGAAAACUUAUUCCAGUGUUCUGUAAUAGUGAACAUAUGGAAAGUAUUUAUUAUCUGUAAAUAUUGUAAAUGAUUCAAAAUAAAACCUUGGCCACAGAUGGUUCUCCAAAACUGCACAUUUGAACAUUGUGAAUAUUGGGGGAAAAUUUUGUACUUAGACAAUUCCUGUUGUCACAUUAACCAUAAUUUAUUGUGUUGUAUGAUGUAUUUAUUUCCAUGAACUUUUAUCUUGGUGCUGCUGACUUUCUAUAUUUUUUUGUAACAUAAUGCACUUUAGAUAUACCUUAUGUCUUAUGUUGGUAAGACAUAAAUAAACUACUCCUGGUUUUGGAUUGGAUUUAAUGAGUUG